AUGAUGGAGCAAAACCUCCUGGAAGCCAUUUGCAGACACAUGAAGGACAAGUGCUCCCACAGCUUGGGGGCCCUGCAGGAGGGCGAGGGCCUUGUGGAAAAGGAGGCGGGGGCCAGUGUGCUGGUGGAUGGAGCAAGCUGGGAGAGAGGACACGGCUUGUGCUCAGGCAUGGGAGCUUGCGGUGAGUCUGCUGGCAAAUUACUGCCCACGUACGGGGUGACUCUGGGCCUGGGGCGGUGCAGGAGCUCUAUAAAAGCCGGCCAAACUCCCCACUCGCUCAGCCACUUCUCUCGCCUCCACCUCCUUGGGAACCAGGUGCACCUCCCACCUUCAGACAUGUCCUGCUACAACCCAUGCGUGCCAUGCCAGCCCAGCGGGCCAGCCCCGCUGGCCAGCAGCUGCAAUGAGCCCUGUGUUAGGCAGUGCCAGGACUCCACCGUUGUCAUCCAACCCUCUGCCGUGGUGGUGACCCUGCCCGGCCCCAUCCUCAGCUCCUUCCCGCAGAGCACCGCCGUGGGAUCCAGCACCUCUGCUGCCGUUGGCAGCAUCCUCAGCUCUCAGGGAGUCCCCAUCUCCUCCGGAGGCUUCAGCCUCUCUGGCUUCGGCGGCCGUUUCGGUGGCUCCAGGUGCUUGCCCUGCUAA